AGAAUAACUGUUAGGUCAGUAGCUAACAACAGUGGCUGCUUGAAUGGGGGAAAUGGCUCGCAUUUGAGUUUCCACUGAAAGUAAGCAUGGAGGAGACCAAGAGACAGCUGGUGAGACUGUGUGAGGAGCAUCCAGAGGGCCUCUCUAUCUGGCAGCUGCAGAAGCUCUACCUGAGCACGUACAGCAAGCCCCUGGUCCUGGCAGGUUCCACCAGACUGUCAGUUCUGGAGGAGCAUCUGAGGAAGAUGUCAGAGCACCUCCACUGUUCCUCCACUGGAGGACUGACCGUGUGGCCCCUCUUGGCCCCGGAGCCCCCCGCCAUCAUCGUCCUCUCGUCUCCAUCCUCUUCGUCAUCAUCAUCGUCCUCACCGUCUCCGUCCCCAUCAAGGGAAUGUGCAUCUGCCCGUGGGAAGGGCCGCCUUUCACAGACGAGCAACAGAGCUUUCCCCCUGCAGAAGCUAAAGGAGGAGAUGAUGGCCAUGCUCGCCAAUGUCCCCAGUGGUGUGGAGGUGUCAAAGCUGCGCAGCCAGUACAAGCAGCUGUACGGCCGACCUUUGACCCUGGCCGAGUAUGGCCUGGGCAGGCUGAAGGACCUGCUAUUGGCCCUGGGGGACAGCGUGUGUGUGGAGAGACAAGAGAAGAAGAACGUGCUGAGGUUGAAGAGCCUGCCAGCGCUGGACCAAUCGCAGCAGGGCUUGCUGGCAAAGAGGAGGAAAAGGGGGAGGGGCGGAGAGGAGGAAGAGAGGGGGGACCUUCAGCCAUCACAGACUGUAACUGUUACUAGGACAACAGCUCUGUCUCCGGCGAUGGAGAAGGAGAGAGAUCUGAGGGAUCUCCUGGACCUGUUGGAGCAGAGCCCCGAGGGGAUCCCGCUCAAGGUCCUGGCCGUGGCCUUUGGGCAGAGGUACCGUCGGAACCUGACCCUGUCCAGGAUAGGCUACAGCUCCAUGGCCGCCCUGGUGGACGCCCUGGGGGACCAGGUCCUGGUGAGGGGCCAGCAGGUCUUCCACAAGACCCACCGUCCCCCGGGGACCAGCCUGGCCCCCACCCCCCCAAGGUCGGGCUCUCCGGCCGGGCUGGACCCGCCGUGGUCCCUCUUCUCCUUCGGAGCGGGGCCAGGGAGGGUGAAGUCGACCACUCCCCCCUGCUCCAGACCCUCCUCCAGGUCCGGCCCCCCUCCUCCGCCCUCUUUCUGUCACUAUGGCCCCCCCAGCAAUGCAGGGGGCUCCCCCCAGCCUGCCCGAACAUGUUCUGGUCCAUCCCUCUAUGGUAGCGCACCUGUCAGCUUGCAGUUUGGCACCCAGCCUCCCGUCAAGCUGCCGCAGCCCUCAGCCCAAGCCCCAUCCCCAGCCCCCUGUCCUUCACCUCAGCCUCCACAGCCCGCUCCCCCGACACCCAAACAGUCCUUCCCGGCGUCUGACUUCCCCGCCCUGGAGAGGGAUGUGGGGCCGGCCCGAUCCCAGGAGAAGAGGCAGAGGAGUGGGACGCGGAGCGCAGGAAAGGCCCAGGUCUUCACGGCGGCCUACCAUGCCCAGCUCAGGCAGGUCCAUGGGGCCAACGUCAGGGCGGCCGAGGCUCUCGGUGAGGAAGAGGGGGACGGGAAGAGGAGGAGGAGGAGGACGAAUCUGGACGCAGACACGGUCAACAGCCUGGUGGGGGACGUGGUUCGAGACUUGGCUGCUGAGGGGGAACUGGUCACUCAGGACGGGGUGGUGACGCGGGUGUGUCAGCUGAUGCAGGUGUCCUCACUGGAGGCCGGAGGGAUCACGCGCUGGCAGCUGCCCGCGCUGAAGGAGCUGCAGCGCAGCAUCAGAGAGGUCAACAUGUUCAUACAGUCCCUGGAGGCGGCGUCGUCGGUCUGCACGCUGUACGAGGUGGGCGGGGCCCUGGCCAGCCUGAAGGACAAGCGCCGCUACGAGGAGCUCAACCUGGGCCCACUCUGCAAGCUGCCCCUCAUCCACCGCAUGUUCAAGAUCGACUGCAACACCCGCGACGACGACAUCGUCCCCAUAGAGACGGUGGACAUCCUGAGGAGCCUGCGAGAGUUUCGGAGGAAGAAUCACAGCCAGGUGGACCCGGCAGCCUUCAUGAAGCACAUGGCCGAUCAGUACGAUUCCGACUCCCCCUACAAACUGGGCAUCAGGAUAUGUAGCAUGGGGCUGCCCAUAUCGACGUUGAGCAAGGUGCAGAUCCUGGAGCAGAGCCUGUUGGAGAAGGCCCGUCAGACCGUGCUGCUGGAGCUGCAGGAGGAGUUGAUGCAGCGCACCAGGAAGCUGAAGAAGAACCUCCUGGACACGGCCGACGCCCUCCACUCCUCCUCCUCGCUGGGCACCUCCGAGCUCAGGCGGAAGUACGCCGCCAUGACGGCGGCGGAAGCUGUGAUGGAAGUGUUGAAAAGCGCGGCGACCGUCUGCAGGCCGCCCACGGCCCAGCACAUCCUGAAGUUCCUGGCUGAGAUGUCACGUGACCCGGUGGCGCCAGCGUUGUUCCAGCUGGCCAUCUGCGGGGCUUCGCUGGCCACGCCCCCAGGCCUGGCGCCCAGAGCUGACCCCGCCCCCAAGCGGAAGGCGGAAGAAGCGCAGAGCCGGGACGUGUCCAGCGGCCCCCCCCCCCAGCGAAGCCAAGGUGAAACAGCUCCUCAGAGACGGUCUCUCCUGCCAGGCCUCCAGCCUCACCCUGGCCCAGCUGGCCUCCCUGGAGACCCAGCUCACCGCACACUUCCAGGUCGCCCACUUCUCCUGGCUGCAGCAGGGCACCUUCCUGGAGUUCCUGGUCAAGCAGAUCCAGGUGCUGCAGGACACGGUAGGGGGCGCUGUGAGCCUGGGCAGCAGCAGCGAUCAGGGCUGUGGCUUCAGACCCAGCCGACAGGACGUGUUUGAGUUCAUCAGACAGUGCAGCACUGUCACCGCUGUCACCCACCCAGACGGGCUCUCCCACAUAGAGAGUGCCCUGAGGGCUCACUAUGGGGUUCAGGACAGUGGUGAUCUGGGGCUGGGCUCGCUGCUCUCCCUGGUGGGUCU